UGCUUCCCGUAUCGCAAGGCAAACUUUCGCAACCCACUACAGACCGGAGCAAUGUCCGUCUCCACCGACAGAUCAACGACCGUGGAGGUGGAGAAGGAGGUUCAAGACGACGUUCAACACGGAGCCGUAGAGGAACCCCAAGCCGCUCAACAUGACAUUGGUAGCGAUCUUGAAAAACAUCUUUCUAGGAGGAGCACAAGGAAGCAACAGCUCGCACCUGAAAUCUACCCUCUAACAGACCUGGAGAACAACCUUGUCGGGUGGGAUUCCCAGCAAGACUUGUCCAACCCAAGGAACUUUCCGGAGAGCAAGAAAUGGUUAACUCUCGGGUUGGUUGCUGCCAUCACAUUUCUGAGUCCGUUGGCCUCGACUAUGCUAGCGCCUGGCAUCAGCUAUGCAAGCCGAGAGUUCAACAACACUUCCGCCAUCGUAGCUUCAUUCGCCGUUAGUGUCUUCGUUUUGGGCUUCUCUAUCGGGCCACUUUUUCUGAGUCCGCUAUCCGAGAUCUACGGCCGCCGCAUUGUUCUCAACUGUGCAAACGUCGUGUUUUGCGCAUUCAAUCUCGGCUGCGCGCUUGCACCAAACAUGCCUGCCCUCAUUGUGAUGCGUUUUCUCGCAGGCACGGGAGGUUCCGCGUGUCUCACUAUCGGCUCCGGCGUCAUAUCGGAUCUGUUUCCUGUCGAACAACGAGGGACGGCGAUGGCCCUUUAUUCGCUCGGUAUCUUAUUUGGCCCAGUCUUGGGGCCCAUUUGUGGGGGGUUUAUUGCCCAGCGAGCGGACUGGAGAUGGGACUUUUACGUCUUGUUUAUUGCUGGGUGUAUGUUAACAGCCGCUCUAAUGAUUCUUUUCCGAGAGACCAAUGCGCCAGUGAUUCUGGACCGCAAAGUGGUACGAAUGAGGAAGGAACUCAGUCGACCAGAGCUCGAGAACAUUCUCACUCAUGCCAAAGAAGCCACCUCCAAGAGUCGUGGUAGCCUUCUCCUCCAAGGCAUGAUUCGCCCGCUCAAGCUGCUCUUCAGAUCCCCCAUUGUUUUUCUGCUUAGCAUUUAUAUCUCCUUCGUUUUUGGUCUUUUGUUACUUCUCUUCACGACCGUCACUCAGGUUUACGUCCAGACAUACGAGUGGGAUAUCGAGCUCUGCGGCCUCGCCUUUCUCGGAAUCGGCGUCGGCUUCUUCUUCGGCAUAGUGUUUGUGGCCAGGACUUCUGACGCUACCAUCAUCAAGCUCACAAAAAACAACAAUGGUGUUUACGAGCCCGAAAUGAGGCUGCCAACCUGCGUUUUCUUCGGCUUCUUGAUCCCCAUUUCGUUUUUCUGGUAUGGAUGGAGCACCAACCAGAAAGCACAUUGGAUCGUACCCAUAAUAGGACUUCUCCCUUUCGGUUUCGGCAUGAUGGGCGUCUUCACACCCAUACAGACAUAUCUGGUCGAUUCUUUCCCUCAGUACGCCGCCAGUGCCAUUGCAGGGAUGACAUCGAUCCGCUGCCUUUUUGGCGCCGUGCUCCCCUUGGCUGGGCCGAGCAUGUACAAAUCGUUGGGACUAGGCUGGGGAAACAGUCUUUUGGGGUUUGUUGCCGUCGCCAUGAUCCCAUUCCCUGCCAUUAUAUACAAAUACGGUGGGGUGAUUAGAAAGAAAUGGCCUGUUAAAUUGUAA